UCUGCGGCGGCUGCGCAGUAGCGCCGGAGCUCGGUGGGCGGACUGCGCUCCGAGUUCACUUUAAAUACAGCGCCGAGGAGGCGUCGUGGCAGACGGAGGGCAGCGCGAAUGUGUGUGUGUUCGUUCGGCCGAGCAUGUGACAGGCAGCGCUUCUGUUCUGAGUCGAGCGGUCUUGCUGGAGACAUCGACACCACGGCGGCGAAGCCUCCUCCUGCGUGAAUGGGGCGUGUGGACGGACGCGCAGCGCACCGAGCCCGGCUGUGAGUGACACCCGCCCCUCGCGGCCAUCCAUCCGACCGUUGAUGCCGGCGGUGUCCCUCCGUCCAGCAGCGGCCCGGGCGCUCGUCACGUCACGUGUGGCUCUUCUUCGUCUCAUCGCUUCUCUGCGUGGUUCGGCGGUCGCGGGACAAGAACGCGCACGACGAUGAAGUUCAAGCCGAACCAGACGCGGACGUACGACUGCGAGGGCUUCAAGAAGCGCGCGGCAUGCCUGUGCUUCAGGAACGAGCGCGAGGACGAGGUAUUGCUGGUGAGUAGUAGUCGGCAUCCGGACCAGUGGAUUGUACCAGGAGGAGGGAUGGAACCAGAGGAAGAGCCAUGUGGCGCAGCAGUGCGAGAGGUUUAUGAGGAGGCUGGUGUCAGGGGCAAACUGGGAAGGCUGCUGGGAGUAUUUGAGCAGAAUCAGGACCGGAAGCACCGGACGUAUGUGUAUGUGCUCACGGUGACGGAAACGCUAGAGGACUGGGAGGACUCCAUCAACAUUGGCCGGAAGCGGGAGUGGUUUAAAAUCGAAGAGGCCAUCGAGGUACUGCAGUGCCACAAGCCUGUCCAUGCCGAGUACCUGCGCAAACUGCAGCUCAGCUGUUCCCCCUCCAAUGGCAACUCUGUUGUGCCCUCGCUGCAAGAUAACUGUCCUCACUACGUCACUUCCACCGCAGCAUCUGGAAUGCCUCCCACUCGCAGAUAGGACACACGCUCACACCCCUGCCACCAACACAGCUGCAAGGAGUCAUGUACAAUGCAUCUUUAAAGAAUCAAAUGAACAAACUCACUGAGUUCUUGCAGUGUUGACACAAAUAUGAAAUUUUAUAUUCUACAACUUUGUAAGAAACCAAAGCCAUAGUUUCAACUUGAUAUUCGGUUAAAGAAUGCCUUAAAUGGCCUUUUUUGCUGGAGUGCUUUGGGAUUAUGUGGUUUUAUUUAUUGUACUUGGAAGUACUUUGAACAACUCACUGGAUAAGUGCAGGAUGUGUAGUUUAAAUGAGAACUGAGAAUGCCUACUUGAUGUGCCAUGUUUGUGGACAGAACUGUCUGUUUUGGACUCUUUAGUGUCACUGCACAAACAAGAACUGGAUAAUUAGUUGCCACCGUGGAAUGAUGUCCUUUGGAAUUUCUUUGAAUGCUGCUACAUAUUUUCACUCCUUAAAAUAGGUCAGUCCUAUAGCUCACACUAAUGAAAAUGGCGUGUGUGUGCAGUUGACCAGCCUUUAAAAGUGGUCAGACUGAGGCUUUUGAGAACAAUCUGCCAUGCCAAACUUUACAUCUGUAAAGGGGACACUGAUUGGCAGAGUUGUGUGACAAGCUGUGGCCGAGAGACCUCUGGAUUGCAUGGUCACGUGGCUGUAGAGAGGAAUCCUGCACAUGGGGCCUGGUUCUCACUGGAGUUGCAGCUCCCAGUUGACCUGUGCUGAAGAAGAGGGGAAAAAAAAAAAACACUACCUCAGUUUGACAACCACUUGAAACUCACUGUACAAUUACCUUUUGGUUCUACAGCCAAGCAAAUGGUUUUUCAAUGUCUGUCUUCUCGGCUCUCCUUACUCUUGCCUCCUGUUUAAGGUUCUUUGCAAAGCAUCCACCAACUCAGACUCAUACCCAGACCAUAUGGUACCAUUUCAUUAUCUAGUCCCUUUCCUGAUUAUGUAAAGAAGGGUUUGACUCAAUCCAAGAGUCACCACUGUAGAUCGGAACUUACUAGAUCAUGGAUCACAGUGUUCUUGCUCCUCUGAAAAGAUGACUGUUCUAUUUGGUGGCUAAAUCUCCCUUGAUGACUGAUACUACCUACCUGCUUCCAACCUAGAGCUAUGUAUUGCAUCAGUAUGCAUCUGCCCUGGCCCUGUGGAUGAGAGAAUGUAGGCAACGGUAGUGCUUCCUACUGGGGAGCACUCAGUGAUGUAAGCUGGGACAGAAGUCUUGUGGUUCUGAUACCCUGUGUCACUGGCUGCAUUAUACAAGAACAGAAUGGUCUGUACAUAUUUUGAGGGGGGGAGACUUUGUAGUUUUUACCAAAAUGCAAAUGUAAUAUUUCCUUUUCUCUAAUGAUGUAAAAAUAAAAAAGGAAAACUGCUGUAAAAGUGUUUUACAUCUACAGUGGGCUUCAUUAUGUGCUGUGGACAAAGUGCCUGAUGCCAAAGGAUUGCUGGGGGAACACAGGCUGCAACGGAGCGUUGAACACUGGGGAUAAAACAAACAUCCGCCCGCUGUAUGUGUGAAUUGGGUGUUGCGGGAGAAUGUUUAGAUGGUUUGUGUUAUGGACUACAGGGCACCGGGCCCACGUAAAGAGUGGAAUGGUACUCCUUUGAGAAAGGAAGGGAUGUUUCCUGCCUCCCAGUUGGAGUUUUUCAGGUGAAAAGGCAAACUGGUCAAGUCCACAUGGGGUUUAAAUGAGUCUGGUGUUAAACUUUUUAAGUCUGAAGGUAGCUCAUCCCUCUUCCCUGAAGUGUAGAGCUGCUCUGCCUCUGGCUAAUUCUCACUGCAGUUUGUGCUGGGGAAUUGAAGGAGCUCCUCCACGGGCAGAUUUGGGCACCAGUCUGGGACAUUGUGUCAUGCAGACGUACAUCUUUGAGUACAUGAUGCCCAGAAAUAUUUUGAACAUU